AUGAGUGUGUAUUAUGCACCGAUGAAGGUCGAAGGCUCAAACACCGGUGUGGUGCCGGUCGAAGGCUCUCCGAUGCUUAAGUCAGCUAUGAGUGAUAAAUUUGCCAGAGUAACAGGAAGUGAAAAUGGGAGCAUUGCACAAAGUUUUGAUGUAGGACUUUGUGUGAGUUGCUGUGGUGGUGACACAUUUUGCGAGGCAAAGGUGUCCCUAUUCAGUGUGGGCUAUUCGCGAGGCUACAAUCUGGUCCUAAGAGCUGAGCCUUCGGCAGGUGUUGAGGUAAGCAACAUUUCGAGGCCUCCUUCCUUCCGCACAUUGCUUGUCGUUCGGCAAGAGGCCUCCUUUAUUGUACGCAUGGUCCUUGCCGUUCGGCAAGAUUGCUAUGAACCUUCAUCCCCAUAUUGCGAACCUAUUUGUUUAUGUGUAAUCGUCAAUAAGUAG